GCGACGAUCUAUGACCGCAUGUUUACCAGCCACUUGGUUCAGGAACAGUGCUUUGUCGAGGACAUUUCCUGUCGCAAUCCUCGUUGCAUGCUCCAAUGACUUUUGUACAUCUUUUUGCUUACUGUACUUGAGAGCCGUUAUCCUCAGCGUUGGGAUCACCAAAUUUAAUAAACGGAAACUUCAGAACACAAACACGAAUUGACAAUUCACCACACAUCUAACAGUUCGCUGCGCCUACCAUGCCCCCCAAACCACGAGUCGUAUACUGGUUCCGCACCGACCUGCGCCUGCACGACUCCCCUGCGCUCAAAGCCGCGCUGGACCUGAAGCCAGAAUGCCUCUAUCCAAUAUGGACCUGGGACCCUCACUACGUCUACCGCGCGCGCGUCGGCCCCAACCGCUGGCAGUACCUGCUGGACUGCCAAUCCGACCUCAGCAAGUCCAUCACCAAGCUGAACCCGAAGUCGAAACUGUUUUUGAUCAGAGAGGCCCCGCAAACGCUGUUCCCAAAGCUGUUCAAGCAGUGGAAGAUCACGCACCUCGUAUUUGAGAAGGAUACUGAUGCGUAUGGACGCGAGCGGGACCAGAAGGUUAUGGCGCUGGCGAAAGAAGCAGGCGUCGAGGUGGUGGUCAAGUACGGGCGUACCCUGUAUGAUCCAGAUGAAUUGGUGGAUCGGAACAACGGGAAACCCACGAUGACUAUCAACCAAGUGCAGGCAGCGGGCAAGAAGAUCGGAGAGAUCCCAAGGCCGAUUGCUGCGCCCAAAUCGCUGCCGGAUCCGGGAGAUACGGGGCUGGACUUCGAGCAGGAGGUGCCGGAUAGCAAGCCAGAUAUUAACGCUAAGCAGAGAGACGGCGAUGAGGGGAGUUAUACGAAGCUUGCCGGACCGAAGGGCAAUUUUGCGGUGCCGACUAUGGAGGAACUGGGCCUCAAGCCAGCGACGACCCAGCAUCGAGGCGGCGAGACAGUGGCGCUGAAGAUGCUCGACGAGAUCAUCGCGAACGAGGACUACACCGCGACCUUUGAGAAGCCGAAAACCGCGCCCACGGCUUUCGAGCCUCAGGCCACCACGCUCCUGUCUCCUCACCUGCACUUUGGCUCUCUCAGCUGCCGUGAGUUUUACUGGCGCUGUCAAGACGUCGUCGACAACUACAAGGGCACCGCGUCCCAACCACCCACCAGUCUCACAGGCCAGCUCCUCUUCCGCGACAUGUACUUCGGCGCGCAAGCCCCGCUGGGCUACGCCUUCGGCCAGACCUACGGCAACGCGCAAUGCCGCUUCAUCCCAUGGCACCUGCCCUCGAAAAUCGACGAAUCCUCGGGUCUCAUCACAGGCGAGUAUCUCAUCGACAACGCGCAGGCCGAGGCGCACUUCCAGCGCUGGCGCGACGGCCGCACGGGAUUCCCCUGGAUCGACGCGCUGAUGCGGCAGCUCAAGCACGAGGGCUGGAUCCACCACCUGGGGCGGCACGCGGUGGCGUGCUUCCUGACGCGCGGCGGGUGCUACAUCGACUGGGAGCGCGGCGCGGAGGUGUUUGAGGAGUGGCUGCUGGACCACGAGGCCGCGUGCAAUAUCGGCAACUGGCAGUGGCUGAGCUGCACGGCGUUUUAUUCGCAGUUCUAUCGGUGUUAUUCGCCCAUUGCGUUUCCGCAGAAGUGGGACAAGGAGGGGAAUUUUGUGAGGAAGUUUGUGCCUGAGCUCGAGAAGUAUCCGCAGAAGUAUAUCUAUGAGCCGUGGAAGGCGCCGAUUGCGGAUCAGAAGAAGUGGGGGUGCGUGAUUAAGGGGGAUGGGAGCGAGGCUGAGGUCGAUGGGAAGAAGGCGUAUCCUAAGCCUAUCUUUGACUUCCCGACGCAGAGGGAGGUGUGCAUCGAGGGCAUGAAGAACGCGUACCAUAUUGGGUUGCAUGGUAACGACCCCAAGGUUCUCGAUGGAACAUGGCGCAAGCUCUUUGACAAUAAGGCUGAGGGGCCGACUGAGGGUACCAAGGGGCCACCGGGCGCUAUGGUCGAGCAUGAGGAUGCUGACGGCCUUGAGAAGAAAGACAUACCAGAGCCGCCGAGCCCGAAGACGAGUCGCAAAGGCAAGGCGGACAACAAGGAAAUUACAAAGAACGAGACGGCGAUCAGUAACACAGGGAAGACCAGCAAGGCCGGGCAUAAGAUGGAGCCAAGUACCAAAAGUACCAAGACAGGACACAAAAGGAAUGCAAGCCAGGGCACGUUGGAUAAGAUGGUCACGCGGAAGAAGAAGAAGGACAACAGUGAUAUCGCCGAUCACACAUGAUCAGCAGCGUUGAAU